UUGCUUUUGGCUUGGGUCAGUGUCAUUACCUGUAGCAUGAGGCGAUACCUGGACCCCACAGUAACCAACUCGUCCGGAAUGUCUCAUCAUUAUGUGCCACUGCCACAAAGUUUGCUGUGUCUCAGCACAGUCUCAGAGGCACGAGCAGAAAAACAUCACAGCUGAGUCUGGACAGAAUGUCACUCUGCCAUGUCGAGCUCCAAACAAUAACAUCCUGAUCUUAGUUGUAGAGUGGAGCAGGCCUGACCUGAAGAGGGACGAGUAUGUGAUCUUAUACCGGGACAACCAACUUCAUUCAGAUUACCAGGAUCCAUCCUUUAAGGGCCGGGUGGACCUGCAGGACAGCCAGAUGAAAGAUGGAGACGUCUCAUUGGUGCUGAAGGAUGUGAUGAUUAGUGAUGCUGGAACAUAUGAGUGUCGUAUUAUCGAGAGGACAGGAACAACUCGAAUGAAGAGAACUUGGCUGACGACUGACCCCAUAAAUAUCAUCAACCUAAGUGUUGUUCCUCCAGAUCCAUCAGGAGGACACAGAGAGGACAGAUGGGAGGAAGAUGGAUUUGUUGGACUGAUAAUUGGUGUGCUAGUUUCUUCUACAGCGGUGGUUGUUGUCAGUGGUCUAUUGAUUUACAGAAAACUUAAAAAGCAACAAAAUCACGAUUCUGCAGCAACAACAGGAUGAAGUGCAAGCCUCCUCCUGCUGUUUCCAGUGUUGACAUUGAAGACUGAUGACGUGACUGAACGCUCAGUAUUUGGUUUGAUUUUUACAUUUCUCUUAUUAUCCUCAGUGUUUAUACACCUGCAGUACUUUCAUUGGGUUUUCAUUACUGUAUUUUUCGGACCAUAAGGCGCAAUAAGCAAAAGAAAACAGUCAGAUAAGUCAAACUUUAUUCAUGUCAUUUUUCUUGCUUCCUCC